AUGUGCCGCUCGGCCAUCCGUUCCCCACCCCCUCUCUCCCCCCCCCUCUCUCUCUCUCUCUCUUCCCCCCACCCAUCCGGCGGUGCCGCCACGCGCGCGUGCACGUGCGCAGAACAACACUGGCAGCUCCGUCCUCUCCCCCCUCGCCUCUCCCCCACCCCCUCCCUCUCCGCAAUGGCCCCCCUUGCCCCCCGCUGCUGCGCGCCAGCGCUGCUGUGCGCCGUGCUGGUGCUCGCCGCCGUGCUGGUGCGCGCCGAGUCGGUCACUGUGACGGACGACCUCACCAUGUCGGGCGCAUCAUUCAACGACUACACCAUGACGCUCGACCUGGCCUCCUCGACCGCAGACGUGGUGACGGUGCAGCUGAUGAACUCGCAGGUGUCUGGCAAGGGCCUCACCGUCCAGAGCUCCGGGGACGGCCUCGCCUCGUCGGCGCGGCUGAGCAUGAGCAUGCUGCUCACCACGGUGACGCAGGCCGCCAUCACCUUCUCCGGUGCCAUGCCCGCCAACUCCGACAUUCGCAUUGUCUCCACCAUCGGCUCGCUCACGUCCGCGCAGUCGCUCUUCGACUUCAGCGGCCUCGCGCUCGACAGCAACGUCACCGUCACCGUCGAGAACACCGCCGUCACGUGGCCAAAGGACUCCAUCAACACCGGCAGCAUCGUGCUCAUCAGCGCUGGCAGCAACGCCAUCGGCAUCAGGAACCUCGCCGCCCUCUUCGUGCUCGAUGCCGUCGCCACCAACGGCGCGUCCGUGGUCAGGGUCGACGCCCAGUCGUCGUUCCCCGUCUCCAAAGCCGCCGUGCUCGCCAUCGACUACGGCCGCUGCGAGGAGUGCACCGGCGCGCUCGUCAGCAUCAACACCCCACUCGUCGUCGACGGCUCCAGCAUGUUCCGCGUGACCAACUGCAAGGCCGUCGGCGCGAGCAAGGGCCUGCUGGCCUCCGCCGGCAGCACCACGGUCAGCGGCAAGUCCGUCUACCUUGUCUCCGACAGCGCCGUCGAGUCCGUCUCCCUCUUCUCCUUCCUCACCGGCAUCGAGGACUCCAGCGAGCCUUACCCCUUUACCGUGUCUGGCGGCUCGACC